AUGGCUUCUAUCCCUGCGCUCAGUCAGCGCGGCGCAAGAUUAAUCCGAGCAUCUCAGCGUGACCCGUCCUCUGAGUCAACUUCGGAGACGUACGCAUUCGUCAACCAUGGCAGCUCAUCAGCAACAGUCUCUCACGGCGUGAAUCCCGAUGCGACAACACCUCCUAUGCCUCGGUUUGAUGUCACCGAAUCAGACACCUACGCGCGACCGCUUGAAACGCCCUCCCCAUAUCAAACACGACGAGCCCUGAAUGAUCGAGUGAUGCCCGAGACACUCCCCCACUUCUUACCCGCCUGGUCGACCGACAACGUUUGUUGUCAAUACUUGCUCCAUCUUCCGUCGCUGCUUCUCACCCGAGCAUCUCUCACCAUCAGUAUGCGCAAAUGCACCGACGGCAGUAGAGUCAUAGGCGCGACAGGUUCCUUUCAACAGCACAAUGAGCUGCUCUACGACCCUGUCGUGAGGCCAGAAUGGGCGAGAGCUCAGUGCGGUCAAGCCAUUUUACUACAGGUAAAGCGAAUAUUCUCACACAUUGAUCCGUCUAUUCCCGACCUUGAGCACGCUCCUCAUCGUUACCAUCGCCAUAACCGCCUCGGCCGAAUGCACUUGCGACAGCCCUCCAACCCCGAAUCCGUGAGAUAA